AGUUGUUAAGAAAUUGGCAGUCUGAUUUAGAGCGCGAACAUAAGAUCAAGUGUAACGUUAUGUUUAAAUACUAAUAUCCGAAAUAAUAAGUACCUACUUCAUUUGUUUAAAGCUUUUUGUGUUUGAUGUGAAGUGUUUGUCCUUUAAUAAUAAUAACGAAUUAACCAGAUGGCGGCACCGUCCGGGGAGUCUUCCGGAACCGGAAAUGAGGAAUACACGGCUGGUGUUAGACUUGUUGUGCUCAAUCUCCCUGAAGACGAGGGUAUAGGACUCGGGUUCAGACUCACCAGGACUCUGUGGGAUCCAUAUCCAUGGGUGCGGGAGGUCACACCUGGUGCGAGGGCCGACACUGCGGGUCUGAAGACUGGAGACUGUUUGCUUCAAGCUGAUGGCAGGGACCUCUUGGGGUUGCCGGUCGGUCAAGUAGCAGGGCUGAUAAGGGGAGAUGGCGCAGGGAGGGGGGUGUCUCUACUCGUGUGGAACUGCGGCGUGGACCCGAGGGACGACCCUGAGUUGCUAUGGAGUUGCGGGGGGGGCGCGCGGGGCGAGCGCGCGCGGCGCGCGCUGGCGGGCGUGCUGCGCGCGCUGGCGUGCUGCGUGUGCGCCGCCACCGCCGUGCGCGCGCUCAGCUGCGCUCGCUCACAUCUCUAUUGCGAAGCUUGCUGGUCGAGGUUGGAGCGCUGUGCAUUGUGCCGAGAAGUCCUACCCCCGAAGGACUCCCCAUAUGCGAAGAAUUUAGUGGCCGAACAGGCUUUCGAGGCAAUAGCUACGGAAUACGAAAUAAGGGACACGUUAAAAAGACCAACUCAAUCAGUUUCGGCGUACAACACACCAAAUAGAUCACCAAAUAUCUCCCCAGCCGUGAACCGUAAAAACCAUUAUCGCUUGUCAUCAAUGAGCAGAAAAAAAGUACAAUUCAACGAGAAACUUGGCCAAACUUACGGCUCCGAUCCCAGUUUGCACAAGUCAUUCGAAAAAAGAACUACCAAUUCGGUGGAUAAUGAUGCUGGCAACUCCAGCUGUCAAUGUGACAGGAAUAAAAACGUUCCGAAAAUGAAAGUCUCGAGUCGAGAAUGUGACAGCGGUGAUUUGAAUUGUCACAAUUUACAGCAUAAAUUGGUGGCUAGAUUGAGACCAGCGUGUUCAUUAGCCGAUUUACCGAAUGGAGUGCAGUCUUGUAAUCUGUCUAGGUCACUAAAUAGCUUGGGGAAUUGCAAAUCUGACUGUCAGCACAGUGGUUCCCUAGAUAGUUUGAAGAAUAGCUGUCCUCUAAAUGUCGGAGAUCAACCAGUUUUUGUUCUGUCGCCGCCGCCUAUUUACGUUCUAGCUUGUGAUCAUUGUCAAAAUAAGUGAUUUCCUAUUGUCUCUCUCAUCCUCGCGUGUUACCGGUUUCAUUCGGGAAUGUGACGCCGCGAAACCAGCGGUCGGCGUACAAAAUAAACCUUACAAUUAUAAAAACUUGACCGUUCUAUAACCGGCCGCUCGUCUGACGUCAAUUCUCCUUGGGAAUGCUGUUGUUACCUAUCAACUGUCAAGGCUACGUCCCGCAAUAAGUUACUUGUUUUGUAUAUGUUUUGUAAUAAAUAAAUAUUCUUUAUAGUUUGAAA